GGGGUGGACCUCGACAAUGUCAUACAAACCUCUACUGUAUCAUCUGAGCUGUGGACGAACAUAGUAUUAGAACAGCCCAACAUUACUACAGCUACACCGACAGACCUGAUUCCCCUCUCCUGGCGAUCACCUCAUCAGUCGAGGUGCAAUACCCACCUCUAACGAAUUCGCCUCGACCUCGCUUUUCUUCUUCAAGCUGGAUUUCAUACCCAUCCACCUACAUCCCGCCGAGCAAGAAACCAUGAGAGGCUCUCAACCUUCCCUAGGACGGACGAGAUCCAGCUCGAACGCCCGUCCGAACCAUAUCCCGCUCCCACCCAACAAUACCAACGCCAACAGUUCCGGAGGGUUCUUUGGCCGUCCUUCGGGGCCUGGGACGCCUACGAGUCCCAACGGAACCAGCAGCAAUGGAAAUGGUAGUGGAGGUGUUGGGAUCGGAGGUGGUAGUGGGAAUGGACGUCCGAGAACUCCAGGUUCGACCAACCCAGAAAACGCACCGCUAGCGAGUCCCUCAAGCCCUCGGUCCAGCUUUCUGCCUAGCUUUAUGCAACGGAGUCGACCGAGGAGUUCGACGUUGACUAGGUUGGGGAGUUUCGGGAAUCCAGGAUCUGGCAAUACUAAUGGAACGACGACGGGUGAUGCAGCGGUAGGAGGAGGGUCGGGAGGAUCGGGAAGGACAGGUAGCAGUUCGGGGUCGAGGCCGGAUUCAAGCAGAGCGGCUUCAGCGAACGAUCUAGGGAGGAGCGUUAGCCAGCCUUUGGCAGCCAGUACAGCCGAUGAUUCUACCUCGAUGACCACCUAUCGAAUCCGCCUAGUUCCCCACCUCGAGACGCACCGUUCAGUUCACUUCGAACCCGUCGUUCGUGACCUCAAGCCGUGUGACGAUUCCGACAACUUGACGGGAAGGGGGACGGUCGUCAAGAUUGGGAGGUUUACCGAGAAAGCUCAACAGGCUCACGAUCAGGCUCAGGCACAACGGCAAGGUCAGGGUCAGACUGGACCAGGAGUGAUGUUGGCGAGUGAGACGGUCGGUGGUAAUAUGGCCAGAGGGGAAGCCUGGAGAGGCGCAGGCGGUGGAGGGGAUGUGACCGCCCCUUCAGCUAGGGAUGGAGCCGAUUUUGGGGGAGCGGCCAUGAGGACGACGGUCAACGGGAAUGGGAACGCUGCUGGUAGUGGGUCAGUGGGAGCCGGUGGGGGUGGACCGUUGACGAGCAACAAGGUGGCAUUCAGGAGCAAGGUCGUCAGUCGGGCUCAUGCAGAGUUCUGGGUCGAAGCUGGUGGUCAGUUUUACAUCAGGGAUACGCAUUCGUCUUCGGGGACGUUCUUGAAUCAUAUCAGAUUGUCGAAUCCAACGCAUGAAUCUAGGCCGUUUUCCAUCAAGGACGGAGACAUCAUCCAGCUCGGAGUGGAUUACCAGGGUGGAACGGAAGAGAUGUAUAGGUGUAUCAAGAUGAAGGUUGAAGUCGGUCGAGAGAAACGAGGACAGAAUAAUUUCAACAAGGAAGCCAUGAAGCAGUUGAAAGUCCUCGGAGGCGUUCCAGAAACCCCGACCAGCGCAUCCACGCCAAACGGGAAGAACAAGGUUGCUCCCAAGGCGAGCGUGACGGACUGUUGCAUCUGCUUGUUCUCGGUGACCGUCUGUCAAGCGUUAUUCAUCGCUCCUUGCUCGCAUGUGUUCCACUACAAGUGCAUCCGACCGAUCCUUGAGGUUCAUCAUCCUGGCUUUUCGUGCCCUCUUUGCCGUACAUUCCAUGAUCUGGACGCCGAUGUCGAGUUGGAAGAUGCCUGGGAGGUAGCGUCCAGGAGGGCAUCCGUGGCUACCGGCCGACGAGUCUCUCAAGCGGAAGGAGCCAACGACGAACCGAUACCUCUUGCUCCUCCUAUUCCUGUCAUCAACGGUCCUGAAGGUGCAUCGUUUGCGAGUUCAAACGAUGGCAGCGCCAACGAGGAUGGAGGGCAGAUGAGCGACGUACCUCCCAGUCCGGCUUCUUCCCGACCGAACAUGUCGCUAGGAGCUCUGCCCAUCCCAACUCUCGGUGGUCCCGCUUCGAAUGGCAACCCGGACUAUGCCGGACUUGACGCUGCGACUCCUAUGAACAACACCUUCCUCUCCACUCUGGCGGAUCUGCCGAAUCCCCCGGAUUCUGUUGAACCCAGGCGUCCACUCGACAAUGUCGUUGAGGAUGAGCCUGCCGAGACCGAACUCGAUGAGACUUCGAGGAGAGUCGAGGUGAUGUACACCUGAUCUACAGAUGUGUCGUCGCUGUGUCGUGCGUUCCUUUUCUUCCCCUGUACUACUACCCCGCAUACCCUCGCCCAUGCCUAUCGUGUAGAGACUAGAGAGGCCUUUGUAUACAGUCUAAAGACAGGUCUUACGCAUUUCCAUUACAUGUCCUC